AUGGCUCAUCCAGUCUUAUCGGAAUUCGAUAUCAUUUUUGCUGGCGGCGGUACCACAGCUUGCGUUGUUGCAGGUCGUCUGGCUGCAUGGGAUCCCUCGCUCAGGAUCUUAAUUCUCGAAGGCGGUCAACACACCCUCAAUGAAGCUGCUCAUGUGCAGCCCUACCAAUAUCCAACUCAUCACGCACGGACGAGUACCACCUUGACAUUCAACGUUGGAAAUCCCACUCCACGUCUCAACGGUCGUGCUCCGAUCGUUCCGUGCGCUCAUUGCGUUGGUGGAGGCUCAAGUGUGAAUUUUAUGGUAUAUACUCGUGCGCCUGCCUCAGAUUUUGAUGAUUGGGGAGUCGAUGGUUGGGAAUCUAAGAGCUUGAUUCCCCUCAUGAAGAAGCUGGAGACAUACGAGGUGCAGCCCAAUCUUCCAACCCACGGGUACGAUGGACCUAUCAAGGUGUCCUCUGGUGGGCGCAAAAUGGGUAUCAGCGAAGAGUUCAUCAAUGUUGGCAUGACAUAUCACAAGAGGCCAUAUGCCGAAGACACCAAUGAUUUAGAAACAUGCAACACAUACAGCUCAUAUAUGAGAAGGUACAUCGACCGGACAACUGGAAGGCGUUCCGAUGCGGCCCACCACUACGUCUACAACCAAGCUCACAACCCGAAUUUACAAAUAUGGGUCGGCAAGCGUGUGAAGCGCGUGAUCUUCGAGGACAAUCGUGUCGUAGGAGUCGAGUUCACCAGCGAUCCAGUGUCUUGCCCAGGCGCUGAUCAGUCAUCGAGCACGGUGAGAGCAUCAAAGCUCGUGGUUGUCUCUGCUGGGGCUUUCGGUUCGCCAACCAUUCUAGAGAGGUCUGGGAUCGGUGCUGAGGCGGUCCUCAAGCGGUGCGGCAUCAAGCAACUGGUGAACUUGCCUGGCGUCGGAGAAAACUAUCGAGAUCAUAACAUCGCCUUUAUUCCAUACUUUGCUGCUGACGGAGCUAUUACUAUGGAUUCCGUUUGGCAUGGGAACGAACGUGUUGUACAGGAAAACCUCGCGCAAUGGAAACUUGACGGCAAGUCACUCAUUGCCCAAAACGGUAGCGAUGCAAAAAUCAAAUGGCGUCCUGACGACGAUGAGCUGAAAGCAAUGGGUUCAGCCUUUCAACCGCGAUGGAAAGAGUUCUUUCAGGACCGCCCGGACAAGGCUGUUGCAAUAUUUGGCAUUUGUGAGGGAUAUUCCGGAUCACUCUCGAGACUCGUUCCUCCUCGCAAUUACUUAGUUGCCUGCUGUUGUACACUGUACCCCGUGUCUGUUGGCAGUGUUCAUAUCAAACUGGACGAGAACGGCAAGGAAGGAAUCGACUUCACUACAGGCUACCUGGAUGAUCCAUCCGAUAUUAUACCUCUUAACUUUGGGUACAAAAAGACGCGCGAAAUCUAUCGACGCAUGCCUUCAUACAGAGGAGAAGUCCCUGCUGGCCAUCCUCGUUUCCCAGAGGGAAGCGCUGCAGUCUGCGGAGAAACGACUGGGCCAGUGGACUUGAACGCGCCCGACAUCAUCUACACUGCAGAAGAUGAAGAGGCGAUCGAUCGAUAUCAUCGUGACCGCAUGCAAACGACAUGGCACUCGCUUGGGACGUGCGCCAUGAAGCCGAGGGCAGACCAAGGAGUCGUCGACGCUCGGUUAAACGUGUACGGCGUGACGAACCUCAAGGUUGCAGACAUGUCUAUCGCGCCGAAAAAUGUUGGCACGAACACAUAUUCGACAGCGCUUCUAAUUGGAGAGAAGGCUGCGAUGAUCAUUGCUGAUGACCUGGGUAUUCCAUGUAGACCAAAUGGAUCGUUGUGGACAAGUCCUCGAGCAUGUCUGUGA